AUGGAUGUGAGCUUUACGAACGUAUUAGAGGGGGCUCGCCAGUACUUCCAGGGACUGCCCGUACCAAGUACAGGUGGUGCGACCGUGUCAGCGGAUCACAAUCUCGCGACAUCAACGAGCUCAGCCUCGUCUACAUCGUCGUCGCACGACCAUGGAACCGCCUCGUCCGUGGCUCCUCCGUCUCCGGCACCACCCGCACCGCCACCACCACCGCCACUAUCGUUACCGUCGCACUCGAGUUCCAGCGGAGGAAACAACGAACAAGAAACAAGUCGAUAUCUCGACGACGUCAGACCGUCGUCGGUGGAUAACGCCGCGACCAGUUCCAGCAGCUUCUGGAGCCCAUCCGUCGAACCUUAUCCUCCUCAGCCGACCAGGGUCGAGGUACCGGAUACCAGGCCGGGCGAUGAAGGCUCCUCCAUGGAGGCGAGUUCGUCAUCCUCGAGUAUCAUCACCUUAACGGAGAUGCAACCGUCGAACAGUCGAUCCUCGUCGGUGACGAAUUUCACCAGCCAGAAACAAUCGUCCUCUUCCUCUUCGUCGUCGUCCAACGAUAUCCACCAUCAUUCUCAAUCGACGACAGCGACAGCGCCGAGUUCGCCGCAUUUGCAUCAAAUGCAACCGCCUCAACAGCCACACUCCCCUGGUCCGGUCUACCAACAGUUGAACCCCGUCUCGAGAACCUCGUUCUCCACCGCUGAAAUACUCGCCUCGACGCAUCAAACGACCUAUCAAACUGCCAACGAUCGACAAUCGCAGUCGACAGCGCCGGUCGUAGCGCAGAGAACACAGUACUAUCCUCGUUACCAUCAUCCAGACAUCACCAAGAGCGCCCCGGUCCCGUUCACCCAAAGCUCGAUCUAUCAGUCGUCGAGCGUAGCAGCGGCGACGUCGUCAGGUAACGUACAGUCAACGACGAGGCCAACUCCUGUCGAGCAAAGUAACGCGAGCUCCGUGUCCAGUCAAGGACACGGUCAGGAGCAACGAGUACCACCACCACCAGCGAGUUCCUACGGUAAUAACGCGGCAACAGCACAGCCAGCGGCUAGCACUCCUUCAAUUUAUGGCUCGCCAUCGCCGCAGAACUAUCGCGCGCCGCAACAUCAACCGCAGAAUGGUGGCAACAGCGGCGGCGGCGGCAGCAGCAGCAGCAGCAGCAGCCGCAGCAGCAGGGACAGGCCGUCGCAUUCGGAAAGAUCGCACGUUUCUUCGCGUGUCUCCUCGUCUCCGUCCUGUUCAUCGAUGAACCCGUGCAACAGCAGCCCCCGUCACGCCGGCAAUUUGACUCACAUUCCUUCAUCGUCUUCGUCGUCUACGUCGUCUUCGUCCUAUCAGAAUCUUCCGGCGCACAUUCCUUCGUCGCACCUGCCAUCCGCCGGAACAAUGAUCCCCCCUCAACACCAACAACAGCAGCAGCAGCAACAGCAUCAUCAUCAUGCCCAACAACAACAAUCUCAACAAUCACCUCAGCAGAUGCAACAUCAGCAACAACAGCUUUCUAGUCGAAUAAACGCGCCACCGCACUCGAUCGGACAGAAUUCGUACGCUGGUCGUUCGAUGAUCGUACACGGAGCAGCGUCCUCUGCGUCCUCGUCGACGAGCUCGAAUCAGAUGCCACCACCACCCCCAGCGUUAGCCGGUUAUCACCCUGUCGCAUCUCCCCAUGACGUUCCUCAUCAUGCCACCCCCUCGCCCUCUCACAGACAAUCUCCUCACGUGUCCACGCUGCACAAUCCUCACGCCUCUCCUCAUCACACACCCUCCCCGCACACCAGCUUUCAGCCGCAUUCGCCGACUUAUCCACCACCACCACCGGCCACGUCCACCCCUCAUUCGUACAGCCUGCCCAUUACGUCGCAGCAUUACCAACCGAGCACCGGUGGUUACGCGACCAAUCCGUACGGUCUACCGCCUCAGUCUUCGUAUCAUUCCUUCCAAAAGAAUCCUCAACCACCGCCUCCGCCGCCGCCUCCGUCGUCGCACACUCAACCGAAUUACUAUCAACAGUCGAGUCGAUCUCAAAGUCAAACGUACGUCCAGCAAAUGGCUAUGCCCGGUCCACUAGCGGCGCAAUCGAUCUGUUCCGCGAGCGGAAACACCAACGGUACGGGUUAUCAACAUCCGAGUAAACCGGUGACGUACAACGGUGCAGAUUCGAAGAGAAACCCGAUGGAACCGCCGUACGGCUCCUAUCGAUCCCCUCAGACGUCCGUUCAGAGGAACACGCACAACCUUCCGCCGAUCGCUGCUCUGUCCUCCUAUCAUUCCAACAGGCGAGAAACCGCGAGCAAAGUGCAAUCGGUGCAACGGCAACGCGGAUACUCGGCCAGCACAACGAACAAAGUUUCAGUGGUUACGCCGCCCACUUCCUCGAUGGCCGCGCCUCAAAGGGUGCCUGAAUACCCGGUGUCUUUGCCGGCUAUGAAUCACGCAAUGCCGGUGAACGGAAGGACCACAACGGUCACCAAUUCCUCUUACAACCGAUACACCGCUCAACACGGUUAUCCAACGUACGCAACCACCAUGGCGCCUAGUCAUCAAGGCAGCAAUUCGUCUAGUAGCACCACGGUUACCUCGAUCGGAGUCACCACAGCUAGAUCUUCCGUUCCCGCUACCACGAUACACAGCUAUCAGACGUCUGAAACGAAUCGCACGGGAUCCUCCUAUCACCAUCAGCCUAGUAUAAGACCUACCGAAGAUUACGGAUACAAAGAGUAUCCUUAUCACAAUUCGACGACGUCGAACGUUCAGUCCACCGUUGCUACUUCCAUGGUCACUCCUCCGCCGCAAACGAACGGGGUGAGAAAGAGAGAAUCUCCCUUGGAUCUGUCCGUGAAGACGGUGAAAACGUCGGCAGACUCGACGGCGCAGGACGAUAUCGAAACGAUCUCAACGGAGAAACACGUGAGCAGUUCUACGGUGAUCUCCUCGAGAAGUAUCGGCUCGAGAACGAUGCUACCACCGCCGGUGCAACCACCUCCUCAACCAGCUCCGUAUCCCGCGUACGACAACCGAUUGUCCGCGAGCAACGCCGGUAGAAAUCUACCUCCGACGAGCGGCGUUCGAACGUCGACGCCGCAAACAGUGUGCGCGCCAAAAGUCGACUUCCUGCCGGACUUCAAUUCCACGCCGCUGCGUCACCAUCACGGCCAACAGCCUCACCACGAUAAUACUCUUCAACGACGAAGCAGUUCGACGGCGCAGCAGCUGUACGCUCCGCCUCCGCAGUCCCUUUCCUCGCAGCAUCCUAAUAAUACCGCUCCACUGCCCCACAUGUCCACGUUUAAAAAGACUUCACUGCCCACCACGCAGGUGUACGACGCGGUGACCGCGCCAGCGCCUCCCCCGCCUGUUCCCUCGUCCUCCUAUCUCACGGCGAACGAUUCAGCUGCCUCGAGAUCCUCCAGGUAUCCGAUGGUCGACCCUGGAAGGAUAGGCCCGGCAGCGUUGCCUCUUCAGGAUUACCCGUCCGACCCGUCCAAGUAUUACCUGGACAGCAGGAGUAAAUUCAGCCAACCACCGCCGACGCAGCGAGAUCGAACCCCGUCUAAGAGGCCCGGUGAGGCGAUCUACGGUGCCGGAGGUAUGAACAAACAGCCUAGGUUGGACACGUGGAUUCAGCAACGAUUGUCGACGGCUAAAGCGUUGUACGAGCAACAGAAGAGGCAAGAGAUGAAUCUACCUGUUCCGUUGCCGAACGGCACCCUGGUUGCGCCUAACACGUACGAGCAGAGAUCGGACAGUGGUUACUCGUCGUCAGAAUCGACGAGAUAUCAGCAAGCUUACUGUGAUAAGAGGAGCUACGCGGAGCCUAAAGUCACACAUAGUUCACCGCCGUAUAGUCAUCCAGUGAUCGCGAAACCUACGAACGUUCACUCGUUGCCGCAGUCGAUGAACGCCGCGCAACAAUCCGCGUAUCAGAGCUACAGGCAGAAAGGUACCGGGGGACUGGCCCCGCCUGGUGCCACUUCCGGCGGACAGCCCACGGAACCGCCGAGCAACACCGGUGCUGACAAACGAGUGCUCAGCCUGUUGAGGAACAGCUUGGAGAAUAAACAGCAGAGGGAGGAGCAAAUGAACAGUCAACAGCCUAUCCUGGCGAACCACAGUCAGCAGAGUUUCCAGAAUAAGGUUGUUGCACCGGUCGAGCCCAAAACGAACAUCGGAAGACACAACCUGUCACCAUUCACGGCAGCGAGCUUGCUGGAACGAAACAGCAACACGCCGCCCCAUUACAAGUUCCAUGUGCCGAGAGCGGUAGACUCGAUCACUCAGGAGGCCCCCCGUAGCUUGUAUGGCUCGAGAGUAAAUUCAUCCGCCACGCUACCUGGCAAGGAAGCACUCCUAGGACCCCGAGGAGCCGAGAAUCAGAUUCACCGUGACAAAGACGACGGCCUCGCCGCCAUAUUAGCAGCGAAAAUCAGAACUAAGGCGGAACUUAAACAGGUGGGAACCGGGCAAUUCGGGACGAAACCGACGGCUCUGCCCUCCCAGGAUGCCUCGUCAACUCCGAAAGAACUAGACAGCGCCGCCUCAACUUCGACUCCCCAAUCCGGCUCGUCAGCAGGUAGUCCGCCGAAGUUGACGCGCGAAAAGGUCGCUUGUCUACCACCGCGAAGACGGCUGUUCUCCAGAACGGAAGAAGAAAACAUGCCAGUGGCAGCGACUGUUCCAGUACCGGCUCCACCGCCCGCGAUCGCCUCGAGCGUGCCCGCGAGAGCAAGCGGAUUCCGGAGCUCCUCUGAAACGUCGGUGUUCGACUUCAGGGAGAGCGAUUCCGAGGGCGAGAUGCCGGUUCUCGAACGGCAGACGCUCGAGGAGAUGCGGAGGGACAGAAAACAGCUGUCGAAAGUACAGCCACCCGUUCCCCUAAACGACGCCAUGUGCAUGGGCAUGACCUCAUCGUCGGACCUCGUGAAAAUAGAACUGAAGGAGAACGACAAGAUCACCGAAGUGGACACUUUUUGGUCCACCACCUGCGACAAGUUCAUGGAGCAGCUUCGUACAGGGGACGUGGUGAAGAAGCGUGGUCGCAAGAAGAAGGUCAGCUGCACCAUCACCUCGAAACUCGACGACACAGGCAACGACAGCAGCAAAGAGUCCGACGCCAACACGUCUCAGAUCAAACCGGAAGACAUCAAGAAGGAGCUGCAGGACGUUGACUCCCCUUUGGACGGUAAAGAGGAGUCUCCGGAAACUAGCAAAGAUGACGAAGCUUCUAUGAUGAAGGAGGUGAAGGUCGAGGUGACUGAUAUCAAGCCUGAACCAGAAACACCUAAAGAAGACGAGGACGAGAAGAAUUCUAGCGACGAUUCCGACGAGGUACCGCUGAUUCGACGAGCUAAAAAAAAGAUGAAAAAAGACGACAGUGAUUGCGAGGACGAGAUAAUAUGCAGGAAAAGGAGGGUUCGUAGAGGAAGUAGAAUUAAAUUGCAGUCAUCCAGCGGCAGUGAAUCUUCCAGCGAAGAAAGCGACGCUAGCACAGAGUUCGGUCACGGUUCCUCGGUGGCUGACAGGCUGAGAGCGAGGAAACGUUGCGCCAAUAACACAGAACCCGAAGGAAUGAAGCUCAGAUCGAGGGACACGACGCCGCAGAAGGCCAAACCUGAAAAAGAGUCGAAAUCCUCCACCUCGAAGACUUCCGCCAGCUCUCAGAAAGGCAAACCGAAGCCUCUCUUUGGUGACGGCAGCGAUUUCAGGCCUGGAUGGGAGGAGGAAGUGUACGUGUACAAGAAAUCUCUGAGAAUGCCAACUAGGUUGAUCACUGUGUCGAAACCGUCGAGGUUUCACAGGCUAUCCACCUCGUUGCCGGACUUAGACCCUGGUUCUCCAGCUUUGUCGGUCUCUAUGGACAGUUCUGACGUCUGUCUAAGCAGAAAGAAACUGGUGGACAGCGACGUGGAGUCGAAUUACAGUUUCAGUACGACUGGAAUUGGAAUAGGGAGCAAGAUAGACGACGAGGAGGCCACUUCUUCCACGACGAUCUCGUGCCCUCCGAAGGCUAUGAAGCACUCGAAGUCCGAGAGCAGUUCCAUCGUCGAUGUUCUAGCUCAGAGGGUGGGUACUAGUAAAAAGGAGCAGAGGAAGAAACAGAAGGAGAAGCUGGACAAAGCAGGUGGCAAGACGCUGCAGAAAGGUAGCAACGAGCCAGAACUGCUUCCUACUCCAAGCUUGAUACCUCUGAUAGAAACCUCGAAAUUGUCGAAAGGAAAGUCCCCGAUGAAAGAGAACAAGUCUCUGAAGCCUGUCAAGGUGACGGACACGUUCCUGCUCGGCUACUUCCGCAAAGAAACGGUGAACAACUUCCGCGACACGUUUAAAAACAAUCACGCCCUGCCGAACGAAUUCUCCACGCUGGUGCUGAAGAGUCGAACGCGAACGGAGACGAGAGUGUUGAAGAAACAGGCGACUAUUAGAGAAGUGUUCGGCGAGGAUAGGCCAGCUUCCGCUCCGCCUAUGCAGAACCACGACGACACCUCUCAGGACGACGAUUCGCAGAACGAGACUCCGGAGAACGCGUUAGCGAAGGAGAGAACGUUGAAGCAGAAGGUGGUGUCGCGAUUGAAGAACGCUGGAAUCCUGAGGAGUCACAAGUCGAUCAUGAACCCGAAGCAUCAUCUGUUGCUGGCGAAAAGGAAGAAAGAUUUGUUGAAAUCUUUGGCGGAGAAGAAGUUGCAACACCUGAAGACCGAAGGUGAAGAGGAGGCAGCGCAGGAGGAGACGAACGAAGCUCACGAGGCGGAGAACAACGAACUGGACGAUGAGACGAAUGAGUCGGAAGUUCCUAACAAGAAGAAGCUCAAGCUGAGGACGAGCAGGCGAAAGUUUCGCUCUGGAUUCGACUACAUUCGGAAGAAGAAGAAACCUUUGAAGAAGGACGAGACGUUGCCCAAAGAAAGGAAGAGGCAAGUGCUGACGAGGCCCAGUCCAGAGUGCGUGGCUGACAUCCAAUCGGAAAUUAGAACUUGGGUGAUCAAGAAGGGCGUUGGUGAAACGAUGCUGCAUCGCGCCGCCAGACUUGGCUACACGGAUGUCACAGCGUACUGCCUGGAGAAACUGAACAACGCGCCGAGUCCCAAGGAUAACGCAGGCUACACUCCACUUCACGAAGCCUGCUCGAAGGGCCACCUCGAGAUCGCGAAAUUACUACUCGCGUAUGGGGCGAAUGCCAGUGAAAGUGCCAACGGAGGAAUAAGGCCACUUCACGAGGCAGCAGAAAACGGUACAACCGAACUGGUUCGCCUUCUACUCUCUUACGGCGCUGAUCCUCUGUUAGCCACCUACUCCGGACAAACCCCACUGAUGUUGGCUGCAGACACAGAUGCCUACUCGAUCCUCGAACAGCACUUGGAUGACAUUCAGGGUCGCGCGAGCACUCCGUGGUCUUUCGGCGGGCCGUCUUCUAUUUUCGACCCAGAAGAGACCGGUUACAACACUCUCGACGAUCCUCCGAUGGACAGUCCGGAGCCCGAGUUAGACGAGAUCGAGAUGGAAGUGAGCGACGUGAAUCUACCAGUUCUCUUCUCCCUCGCGAACGAUCCCGACAAAUGGGUGCUCCUUCAAGACCUGAUGGCCGCCCUUAGAAUAAAGAGCAGAGACGCUUUGCUGCGUCAAGUGAACCCGAAAGCUCACGCUGGUCCACCAGCCGUCGCUCAUCGCGACGUGAUGAGAGAAUUGAAGCUGCAAGAUUUCUUGGAACAGUCCCGUUGCUGCCACCUGCUCAGCGGCGGCGAACGAAUCAACGUGAGAGGGUCGAAGGUGACUCUGAUCAAGUACAACGACAAAGUGAGGUCCCUGUUGAGCGUGGAGAAAGUGGUGAUCAGCCUGAGGUGACAGGAGGCGCCGCUGGGGCAGUCGUCACCCCAGGCAAGACCGUCGACUUCCGCCGCGAAGGAAGCCCCAAAGAAGAACGUCUCGCCGAAACGCGACAGGCAGGCAAGAA